AUGUCCAGCCUUCAAGGCUAUGUCGACAAGCGCGUUCUGCUUGUUUUGCAAGAUGGAAGAUCGAUAGUGGGAAUAAUGGCAGGUUACGACCAAAAAUCAAAUGUUGUGCUUUCCGACUCGAAAGAAAGAGUUUAUAGCAUGGAAGAGGGCGUCGAAGAGGUUCCAUUGGGCCUGUAUUUGGUCAAAGGCGACAUGAUAAUCCUCAUCGGUGAAAUAGAUGAAAACAUUGACCAAGCAGUCGACCUCUCCACGAUUCACGCAGAACCAUUACCACCAAUUCGACAUUAG